AUGCGAUGCGCUCCUGGCACCAUGACGGACAGGGAGGAGGAGCAGGACGACGAGCGGGACCGCAUCGCUUCCUCACCCGAAGUCAAACCUGAUCCCACGUCCUGUUUUCAGCUCUUUAACGCGACUCAGAUAUAAAUAAAAACCGGGACGGCAUGGAGGCUGGAGGGGAGAUAACUUUACCUGCGUGCGCCUGCACUGAAUUGAUGCAUCUUUAAUGUGAGGUUCCUGAAUCUGCUGGCUCUGUUUUUGUCGUUUGCAAGGAUCUUUUCAGUCUGAGGGUCUGAGGACAGAAGCAUGAUGCUCAGUCCCGAUCGGCCCUGGGGCCAAACGGACACGGAGACCCUCCUGGACACUUUGACCGUGCAGUGUGGGUCCAUGGCGGCCGCGCACGCGGGCGGAGAGGGCAAAGCGCGCUCCGGACACGUGCCCGCUCUCAGCAGGGAGGAGAAGAGGCGGAAGAGGCGCGCGACAGCUAAGUAUCGAUCCGCGCACGCCACCAGGGAGCGAGUCCGCGUGUUGGCCUUCAACGUGGCCUUUGCGGAGCUGAGAAAACUGCUUCCGACGCUCCCACCAGACAAGAAGUUGUCUAAGAUUGAGAUCCUGCGGCUCGCGAUCUGUUACAUCUCCUACCUCAACCACGUGCUGGAUAUUUAAGGACAGGAGGAGGAGGAGGAUGGACGGAGGCAGGAGGCCACGACAGCUGAAUGAUUUCAGGAAGCAGCAGUAGGCCUACUGGUAGGCUUCACACAAGACUGAAGACCUGUCCUGUAGGAGGGGUUAUUUAAUACAAACCCUACACGUGCAGAUUACUGUGCGUCCUAAAGUUAUUAUGGGAAUAUCAUAUUGAUUUUUCACCAUGGGAAACAGUUACAAGAUUAUUAGUCAUCACAACAAUGAAAAGCAUGAGAAUAUCUUGGAAGCUGCUAUGUAUUAUAUUCAUGUAGUCCAACUACUAAAAGAUUGCAAUGUUUUACCUUAAGUCUGCUGCCUGAUCAGUUGUGACGUUGUACUGAUUUAUAAAUACGUUCAUUUUAUUCAUACAAAAAAUAAUCUACUGAUGGCGAGGAACCUUUUGUGCUUUCACUAUGUUGGAUUCAGUUGCAGCUUAAAUUCAAGAUGUGAAUAAACCCUGAC